UCCCCGCCAGUGCCCUGUGGGACAUCGAGACGGGCCAGCAAACCACCAGCUUCACGGGCCACAGCGGGGACGUCAUGUCCCUCUCGCUCGCUCCGGACAUGCGUUGCUUCGUCUCGGGCGCCUGCGACGCGUCGGUCAAGCUGUGGGACGUGCGGGACAGCAUGAGCCGUCAGACCUUCACCGGACACGAAUCCGACAUCAACGCGGUCUGCUUCUUCCCCAACGGGAACGCCUUCACCACGGGUUCCGACGACGCCACCUGCCGCCUCUUCGACCUGCGCGCCGACCAGGAGCUGAUGCUCUACUCGCACGACAACAUCAUUUGCGGCAUCACCUCGGUCGCCUUCUCCCGCAGCGGCCGCCUCCUCUUGGCCGGCUACGACGACUUCAACUGCAACAUUUGGGACUCCAUGAAGGGCGACCGGGCAGGGGUCCUCGCCGGCCACGACAACCGAGUCAGCUGCCUUGGCGUGACGGACGACGGCAUGGCCGUAGCCACCGGCUCCUGGGACAGCUUCUUGAAAGUCUGGAAUUGAACCCUGCCUUGGGGGGUGGGGGGGUGGAUGGAGAAGUGGGGGCGGGGCUGGUGGGAGACGGGCAGGAGCUCCACCCCCCUCCCCCAAUCCGGUCUCUUGCCUCCCCCCUCCCCCGCCUCUGCUGUGGCCUUGAGCCUCCCCUCCCCUCAGCUGGCUGCCCUCCUCCUCCUCCUCCUCUUUCUUCCUCUCCUCCACUUCAAACGUUUAUUCUAAGCCUGAUUCCCACCUGCCACGUGGACGGAAGCGGGAGGGGCGGGCGGAGGACGGCGGCCAUGCCGCCAACCCAGCCGGGAGCAAGGGGGGGGGGCAGCGGGUGCCAGCCCCUCCCAAAUAAAAAGGUUAUUG